GCUGUUUUGAGGCAAAAUAGAAUUCGGAGGAGGCGAGUUUUUCCAAGAUGGCGUCUUCCUCCUCCUCCUCCUCCUCGUUCUCUCCGUCGACGCCGGGCCUCCUCUACCGGAGCGCCUUCGCGGAGGAGUGCGAGGCCUUGGCGACGGCGUUCCGAGAAGCCGGGGAAAGGAGCCGCCCUUCUCCGUUGCCUCCUCCGAGGCUCCCUUCGACCAUUGAGACCGAGAGGCUGACCCCCCUCAGCGCCGCCUGGGCCUCGGCCUCGGCCUCCUUCUGCUCCUUCCGGGCGACGCCGCGGAGCCCCAACCGCACCUACGACGAGAGCCAGGCCUCCAGCCUCGACGGAGGAGCGGGAGCAGGAGGAGCAGGGCUGGCUUCGGGCUCCUCCUCGAAAGGCUGCAGCCGCCUGGACCUCACCUUCGAGUGGGAGCCUCUGCCGCCUCAGCAUCCGCCUCCGGUCUCCUCCACGCCGGCUCCCGAAACGAUGGUGGUGGCGGCGGCGGCGGCAGAGGAAGGCGACGCGGGGGACCCUGAGGCGGCGUCGGUUGGAGGGAAGAGGCCGGCCGGCAAGGGAGGCCUCCCCAGCAGCAAAAAGAGGCGCCUCUCCGUCGGAGGCACGGCUGCCGCUGCCCCUGGCUCUUCUCGUUUCCCGGCUGCGAAAGGGGCUCCCAAGGGCCUCCGCCGCAAUGGAGGGAAGGGCAGGCAGUCGGCCGGACUGGCGGCGCCCAGGAGCAGCUGCGGAGGAGGCCCUGGGCCAAGGGCAGCCCUGGCCCAGAAACAACCGCCUGUUGAAACAAGAAGCGGUUUAACAGAAGUGCAUCGUGAGAGGAAAUCUGCCACGUCUCUCCAGCCUCCUCCUCAUCGCACCCAAAAACCUUCGCUGGAUGGCUCCCUGGCCUGUCGGGGUGUGAAGCCUCAGGGGGAGAACAAGCCUCCAGGAACAAAACUUCCAGUCCCUACAGCAGCUGGGGGUCCCAAUACAGGCAAGAUGGGAACUCAAAAGCAUCCCAAAGAGAAAGAGCCAGCUACUGAAUCAGCCAAGAAGCAAAUCCUAGCCAAGCAGGUCUCCCAAGGCACAGGCCUGAAAUGGACGCAGACACGUGGAUCUUUGACAGCGAGACAGGUCCCCAGAGCUGCUCCAGGUUGUGGGCCUUGCUUGCAGUGUCAAGAACUACGUGAGGAAAAUCAGCGUCUAGCUAAGGAAGUUGAACAUCUGAAGACCCUGCUGGAAAACUGCCAGUGCAGGGGUACCUCUUUUUGUGUUCACAAGUCUGGGUAAAGCUGCCAUGAUGUAGGGCUGGACUGUGGGACACACUGGGAGGGGCCUUGGCAUCUCUUGCCAGAUUGGCCUGUGCUGAGCAGAAGUGUUGGCAGCUGUGGAGCUCCAGAUCACAGGGCCAUUGCUUGCACAAUCAACACAUAUACAUGGACUGUUGUGGCUCUUUACCCCAACUAUUUAUAGUCUGUUGUGCUUUUAAUCAGUUAUGAUAUUCUGAGCUGGGAGAUUGUAACUUCUGAGAUUUCACAUUUGUGCUCAUGAAUCUCUAAAUGUGACGACCCCCCCCCUCCCCAGCAUCGCAGCCUGAUAGGGCCUCCACCAAAGUGUUUCUGAGGCGCUGGAGGUUGAGGUCCAAGAACUCAGUCCCUGUCGUGGGGUGUCUUGGGGCAAGCAGUUGUGGCAUGACCCCAUGGAAUUGCUCCAGGUUCUUGAUGAUUAAAUGUCAGCUGGGGAACUGGCAGAGCAGAAAUCAUUCUGGGCACUCUCAUGUCUGGUAAGCUACUGUAUGGGAUUGCGUAUGCAGCCAGAUUCCCUGUCCUGGUUGCAAGGCACUUUCUUCUUGAAAAGAAGGAAAACAGUAUGUUUUCCCUCUCCCAGGUUAGAGGCAGAAAAAAAAUGACUAUAGAGGCAAUUAUGAAUUAUUAUAAAGACACCUUAAAUAUAUAUGUGUAUGUAUGUAUGUAUAUGUAUUUGUGUGAAUAUAUGUAUGCAUGCAAAUUUGUAUUCUGUGGAUUGAGCUCAGUAAAUUCCUUAGACUGAAUGAAGAACGGUAUUUAACUUUACAUCUGUAAGCAUUUGUGUAUAUGCACAUGAUUCUCAGCAUCGUGGUCUUACUAGGUUGUAGCACCUUUUAAUAUAGCAUCAUGUGUUAAAUUAUUUCCUGUUGACAUGGGGGCUCACUAAAAAUAUAUUAAUGCAGAAAAGAAAUGUUUAUUAAAAUUAAUUGUUUUAACUCAGUAAUGCUCUAGGAAGUUAACAUAUAAUAUAGGAAUUAAAUGGAUAUUAGUUGAACAUGGUGGUAUGAUGAUAAAGGAGUUGUAAUAAUUUAAAAGAAUUAGAUUAUGUUGCAUACAUUGUUUUUUAAAUUCAAAUAAAGUUUUAAAAAAAUUAA